GGGCCCUGGACGAGGGCUGUGAUUGGCCUGAGCUGGACAAUACCACUGUGAUGUCAGCCCACUCCUGCUGUGAAAUGGAGGCUCCUCAGCCCCUGGGGGUCAGUGGAGCAGCUGUCCAGACACAGAUCAUGAGUGGCGGCUAUGAUCUCAACCUCUUCGCCAGCCCUCCUGACUGCAACUUCCUGUGCUCCGUCUGCCACGGGGUUCUCAAGAGGCCAGUGAGGUUGCCAUGUAGCCACGUCUUCUGCAAGAAGUGCAUCCUCCAGUGGCUAGCCAGACAAAAGACCUGUCCAUGCUGCAGGAAAGAUGUGAAGCGGAAAAAGAUGGUCCAUGUGAAUAAACUCCGGAAGACCAUUGGCCGCCUGGAAGUCAAGUGCAAGAACGCUGAAGCUGGCUGUGUGGUCACGUGUCCCCUGGUCCAUCGCAAGGGGCACCAGGACUCAUGCCCUUUCGAGCUGAUGGCCUGCCCCAACGAGGACUGCACGGCACGAGUGCCUCGUGGGGCCCUGGCCGAGCACCGGCAGCACUGCCCGCAUGGUGCCCAGCAGCGUUGCACCCUGGGCUGUGGAGCCACCCUGGGCCCAGCCGAGCGUGUACGCCACAACUGCUACCGCGAGCUGCGCAACGCCUGGACUCAGCGGCAGGAGCGCAGCCGGACCCUGGUGCUGGGCCUGCUGCGGCGCAUGCGCAAGGUGUACCGCACCACCAGCCUCAUCCGCCGGCAGCUGGCCCAGCUGGGAGACUUCCUGGAGGAGGAUGAUGCCCUGCUCCUGGGCGGCCCCCAAGAGGAGGCCGAGGCAACCCCAGAAGGCAGCACUGAGGCUGAGGGUGGGGGACCCAGGGCCAAGCUACCUUGUAAAUAGAGGGGUAAAUAAAUGCGGAGCCCAGGCCUGGCCCGCCCCGGCCACCACUGUG